AUGGGAAUCACGCGAUUGGAUGGCUUAAAAAGCGCGCUGCGAGUGCCGCCGCCUCACAGUUUUGGAGAAACGAUGACUCGCCCUGAAGCGCUGGCCCUGCUGCUGGUGGCCGUGAGUCUGGCCAGGAUUGCGGCCCGGCCAGCUGCACAGAAUCCCUUCGAAUCGCUGGGCAUGGGCGCCAUGGCGCUGGCCGGGAACAUAGCGGAGGCGGUGCAGAGUGGCGCUGCCAUACAACGUGACCUCAACAUCGACAAUCCCCUGAUGUCCGUGCACUCGAAAACGGCCGUGGGCUAUGGCGAUGCCAUGCGUCCCAUGGCCGCCGAUUCAUCCGAGGAGGAUCGUCGCCGGAAGCGGAGACGCCGCAGUCUGCGUCGCCUCAAACGCGCUCCUUGCUUCUGGAAAAUGGGCUCGGCGGCCACCACAGCCGCGUCCGCCGACGAUGAUGACGUGGAGGCCAGACGGCGAAGGGCCCAAAAGCGGGCGGCCAACAAUGCCUCCCGCUCCCGUGUGAGUCCCAAGAGCAGCAGCGGCAAGAAGAAGAAGCUGGUGCGACGACGACGACAGGAGGCGGAGGCGGAGGGCGUGGAAGUGACACCGGAUAUGGGCGGCACGGAUCCCCUGGGCCUGGGCACCCGGAUCAAGGCCAUGUGGCUCUCCUUCGUGGACAACGUGACGGAUGUGAUGCAGCAGGUGCGCCAGAAGAUCUCCGAAACGGCCAAUACCACGGGCUAGCCACCUGGGUCUACAUUUUAUUUCGAGUGUAUAUUUUUUUUUGUUUGUUCAUAAGUGCAAUAAAAGCAACUGGAAA